GCACACCUCUCAUUCCCAUUCCAGUCCCACGUCCCCGUGCAGGUCUCGGUCGCGAGCAAAUUAAAUUGCGGAAACCUGCCUCUGCCAAAGGAUCCGAUUGGCAAAGUUUUGCUCGCCCUUCCUUUCCACCCACAAAGUGCAAACGGGAUCCGCUAUGACUGCGAUAAUGAGCAACUUCAGUCCGUCGUACUCCGAGGAGCCGAAAUUGACGUACGAUCGUAGAGUAGUGGCACCUCAGACUAUUCUGAAGGUCUCGAGUGCCCCUCAGAAGGGCAAACCCGAUCAGAUUCAGCAGAUUCCCUCGGUGGGUGAGAAUCCUGACGCCUCUGCCGCGCAGGCCUCUUACGGUGACAUCCCGGUAAUAGAUUUCUCGAGACUAGCCGACGACGCUGAUGCGGUCUGCAAGCAACUGGGCGACGCAGCUGCACAAUGGGGUGCGUUUCAGGUCAUUAACCAUGGCAUUCCGCUGGACACCAUGCAGAAGAUUGAAAGCCAAGGCAUGAACUUCUUCCGAUCUCCUUCCGACUUCAAACUCGCGGCUGGCUCUGUCUACUUCCCGCUCAAUGCAGAAUACCCAAACUCUCUUCUUCAAAGGGUCGAGAGGGUGGCCUUUACGCCAGGUCCUAAAUGGAAAUUCCAAGCGAAGGACAUUAAUUCACUCGAAGACACACUCUCCCGCAUAUGGCCUGAUGGCAAUCCCCUCCUGAGGGAGGAAAUGAGAAAAUAUCUACGUGGCUCGGAAGCUCUGAAUGUGCAGAUAAUGCAACUGCUGGCUCGGUAUUUGGACUUGGGAGAAGAUUUCUUCACGCAGCACUUUCACCGAGCUCAGGACACGUGGCCACGCUUUGCUGUGCGAUGGAACUUCUACCCGUCGCAUCCGAAUCCGUCGGAGAACCCCGGAGCGAAGGGGCACACGGACCCUGGCACUCUGACAAUCCUGAUGCAGGACAGAGUCGGAGGCUUGCGCAUUCGCAGAGACGGUCGGUGGUAUGGAGUCAAGCCAAUCGAAGGCGCUCUCGUGGUCAACAUGGGCGACUCUUUAGAAGCCUGGACGAACGGCCGCCUUAAAUCCGUGAUCCAUGAAGUUCAAGUCAACACAAAGCUCGAUCGGCUGUCGAUGAUCAAUUUCGUGAGCCCGGAGCCGAGUCUUCCGUUGUCUCCUCCUGCCCAGCUCAUGGACGAAGACCACCCUCGUGUCUAUCGAGAGCCGCUCACGUAUGAGAACCUCAUGGAAAAGCGGGCGGAAGACAUCGUUGAUGACGGUGGAUCAAAAGCCGUGCGCAUUCUCGAUCAUUUUAAGAUCCGCAAGUAGAACCCUUCAGUACGUUUCCACGGGUAAAAUUACGAAUAGAGUGUAUCAAUAUUUUCGGUUUCUUUUAGCAGUCCUGGAAUUUCUCCAGGAAGAAAGGACUACCUACCUUUCGUACAACAAACUGACCCUACACUUCGGAGCUAGAGCUAUCACCACCGGAAGCAUUGUUCUUCACUUGAUCACGUACUCACAUCCCUCGUAGGAUAAAUUCCUCGGAGAUCUCAGCAUCGGCUUCAGAAUUUUGUUCGGACUCAACCUUCCUACUGCACAUGCAUCUGGUUCCAGCAGAGAGAUCCCCCAGACCUAGACAGAGGAGAUAGAUUAGACAAUUACAGACCACAAUACAAGCUGUCAUCAUCUAGGGAGAACGAGAAAACUGUCACAUUCUAGGCCCAGAUCCUCCUCCACUGCAGCUACUCCUUAUAUUAUCAUCCGGUUUGACAGGUAGCUGCAGCAUGUAUGCAGCAUGCAGAAACCACACCCGAUACGAGUCAUGAUACAAAAUCCUCGAUCUUUCAGUACCAUCAGUCCUCCGCGGAACGGAUUUUGGACAAACGCCAAUCGAAUUGCAUGCCUGAAGGAAGGAAUCUGGAAGCGAAGGAACUCUCCUCCGGCAAAGGUUCUCAAUACUUAGAUAGAGCCUCGAGCGUGAGCGUAGAUGUCGGGGUAUACAUACGGUAGACUAUCGGAGCUAUGCUCACCGUAUUUUAAAUGUAGAGACCGAGGAGGCUUCAUGGACGGAAUAUAUGAAUUGAGCAUUUACCUCGGCGACGGGAAUCGAUUGAACGGAGGAGCUACAUCCACUUUACAUGACGGAACCCUGAGAACACUUCAAUACGAACACGAAUGGGACGACGCUGCUGGACGGACUGUGUCGGCGGGCAGCUGCUGAUCAGACCGGAGGACCGUGCAUUCUGCCAAUUUUGCUAUUCUAUCAGAAUCACAACCGCUAGAUUCAUUCUUUAUUCGCGAAUACCACGCCUAACUUUAUAUACACACCUCACUGACUUUCUGUCUCUCGACAUUCGAGGCCGGUGAUGAAGGAAGGACAUGUCUGUCCGUCUCAUCAUUGCAUCCGGAUUAGCUCUGUCAAUGUAUCGGUCUAUGUAUAUUUCUACAAAGAGAUGGUCUUUUGACCUUUAU